AGCACUGAUCAACGUUUGACAAUAAGAGUAAACUCUAAGAGAUUGGUUUAAGGGCGAUUUACUAUUGAUUGUUCGUUCAUUUUAUUUAAAAGUUGAAAUAAUAUAAUAUUCUUAAAAAAAAUAUAUUCACGAAUAGUCGUGUGUGUGCGUGUGCUCGAUGAGCGUCCACACUGUAUAAUGUGGAAAUACACUUUAAUUCCAGUUACGAUUAUUUUAGUGUGUCUGUCAAAAUGUGAGGCACAGUAUGAUGAUAAAAGAUGCAAAUGUAUUUGCCCAAGUCUUUCUUCUGUGAUAAAUACCACACAACCUUCGUUAGACCGAUUAAUUUUUAUCAUUAAUGUCCCACCAUCACAAUGUAAAUGUGAAGAUGUUGUUUUACCAAAAUUAGGAGAUCAAAUAAAGACUAAGGAAGAAAUUUUUUGUCCUAGAUGCGAUUGCAAAUAUGAAAAUAGAAAUACAACUAUUAUUAAAAUUGUCGUUAUAAUUGUUAUUUGGGUUAUAUCAUUGUUAGUAAUUUAUAUGUUAUUCUUAAUUUGCUUGGAUCCAUUAUUGAAUAAAAGAAUUCAUAAAAAUACAACUAAUAUUGGCUAUCAUGAACAUAAUAAUGAAGAGGAUGAUGCAUCAGUAGCACCUGGAUCUUCUCAUCCGAUGGGAGAAAGGGGAAAUGUUCUAAAUCGUGUAGGGCAUCAACAAGAUAAAUGGAAGAGACAAGUUCGAGAACAGCGACGUAAUAUUUAUGACCGACAUACUAUGCUUAAUUGAAAUGUACAGUUGAUUAUGACAAAAUACUGAAUAUCAUGAAUAAUGUAUUACACAUCUCCAAAUAUAAAUAUGAUAAAUAAGAAAA